CCAGCACAACCUCUUAUUGAAAUCAGCUCAACUCAAGGUCUAACCGCUCGAUUUCUACCUCUUGGUGCCACAUUAGUGUCCCUUUUCGUAAGAGAUCGCGACUCGAAUCCCAUAGAUGUUGUUCUUGGAUUUGACGAUGUUAAAAGUUACCAGGAGGACACAGCUUACAUCGGAAAAACAAUUGGUAGGGUGUGUAACCGAAUCGGCUAUGGCCGCUUUACAUUCAGAGGAAAAGAGUAUAAUCUUCCUAUUAACAACCCACCACAUAGCUUGCACAGCGGACCACAAGGACUUGCUUUGAAAGAAUGGGAAGUGAUACGUCGAACUCCAACGUCUGUCACAUUCCGAAUAAGGACGGAUGAAGCAAAAGAUGGUUUACCCGGAGAUGCAAACAUCGAUGUGAACAGAUGA